AGGCUCUUUCCUUUCCCGUAAAUUCGCAAACAAACACAAACAUGCCCCCCACUCGACGGACAACUGCUACUUGGCACGUGGUCCAGACGAUGCCAUCGUUCAUACGGAGGGCGGGUGCUGUGUCGUGUUUCUUCUGCCAAUCACGGCUCUCCCCAAAUGACCCCCGUUCUUUCCGCUGCACUCAGUGCAAUUGUUGGAAUAGAUAUGACGCCAACGGCGAAAUCAUGUCUGACGAACCUGCCAUGCACGACGAGAAGCUGAACGCGACGUCAUUCGCUAGGCGAGCCUCGCCGGACAAGAACCGCUUUCCAUCGACCUACGCCACGGGACAGUUCUGCCAUACAUGUCAAACCAACCAAAUGUUGCUCGUCAACCUGCUCUCAAAUUAUUUGCCCCAUCCACAGCAUCCCGAUUAUGCUAGUCGUCUCGAGCAGCUCCCUGCUUACCGUGAAUCGCUGCAUAUCCGGUACCCACCGGUUUGUGUACAGUGCUCACCCGCAGUCGAGGACGAGAUAAAACGCAAAGAUCAAAUGGCACGGACGCAGGCAUUGGCAGGUUUCCUCAAAGACACCAAGGGAAAGGACAGGCAACGCCGAGUAUCUGCCACUGGGAAGGAGUGGGAAAAGCUCGAGUCCCAGUUAGCCAUCUGGAGGCUAAGGGGAGUGUUGUGGUGGGUCACUUUGCUAUGCGUGAUGGCGUGUCAUUCAGCCGUGAUUCUUGGAUACGACUUCCCGCAUAUUCUGGGGUGCAUAGUGCCUUUUCUUCCUUUGAUCGCCUUCCUGUCCCUACUUUACACUGCGUGGGAUCCAACCUACUACUCCUUUAAAAAAGCGCGAAUACAAGGGCGUGACGUCCGCGUCCGUGGAAAAGGUCGUUACAUCGCGCUUCAGCUGACGGCCUGGUUCUCCAGACUGGUGACAUCAGUCCUCCUCGCCUUGCCGCGUUGGCAUCAUUCUUCUAUUUAUUUUUAUCCUUCGUCAUAUCACAUUCACGUAUACUGUUCGGCUUUGCUUACACUUGAGAUCACGAUAUUCGUCACAUCCUUCGCUAUGUUGCACCUCCAACGGCCACCGACCAUCCGUCUCAUCGACACGUCGCUAUCCGAUCACCUUCACCCCCAUUCUUCCCGUGCCACUCCCGAGCAUUCCAGUGCAACGACGAUCACACGCUCAUCCUCCGUCCCCGCGUUCCCCACACACACGGAGCCGGAUCUUACUGCGCUCAGCCUCUCCUCCAACCCUGUUGUCCCACAAUCCUCAAAUCCCAUAUUUGGCAUGCCUUCACUUUUGUCCACCACUUCCGGCCGUCCUGCCGAUAUGGACGGCUGCCCUGAUGAGGACGCGAUGGACUGGACACCAACUAACCCCUCACCACACAAACCAGGUAAAAAAUCUGUCAACGACGAAGACGGGUCAUGGCUUCGCCCGCAACGGUUCUUUCCACCAGAACAGCCGACGGGCCUUGAAUCCCUCUUGGCGACUACGAAGCUCGAUGACGCUGAAAAUAAGUCUACAAGAGCGGGGGCUAACACUGGGGUGUGGAUAUGGCAAAACCAUGGCGGGAAUGCCAGGCUUGAUAUGAGAGGUUCAGUUUGGCGACGGCUUGCUGUUGUGACGGUUGCUCUUGUGGUGCUGGGCGCCAUCGCUUAUCAGAGAUGGACGUGGAGACCCAUUUCGACUGACAAUCAUGUCGUCAUUAAUGAUGAAGGGUAGAAAGGAAGUAUUACCAUCAUGAUCACACAGUGCUUCUACGAUCACGAAAAUAGAUAAUUGAU